CCCCCUCGUUUUCGCCUUUCCGUCCAAAACUUGCCCACUUAAUAUGAUCCUUUCUUCUUUUUCAACUGCUGUGCAGUUUUUAAAUUGAAGCUUCUUCGCUUCAUUCCUCACUGUUAGCUUCUGAACCUUGUUCUUCUUUCUUAGCUGUCAUGUCUUUCAGAGGACUCAGCCGGCCCAAUGCAACUUCAGGGAUGGGCGUUGCUGAUCACAGCAUAAACACAUUCUUGGAACUGCAGAGGAAGAAGGUCCAUCGCUAUGUGGUGUUUAAAAUUGAUGAGAAGAAGAAGGAGGUUGUAGUUGAGAAAACCGGUGGCCCUGCUGAGAGCUAUGAGGAUUUCACUGCUUCUUUGCCGGAGAAUGACUGCCGAUAUGCUCUAUAUGACUUUGAUUUUGUGACUGCUGAGAAUUGUCAGAAGAGCAAGAUCUUCUUCAUUGCAUGGUCUCCUUCAACAUCUCGAAUCCGAGCCAAGAUGCUCUAUGCCACGUCCAAAGAAAGGUUCAGAAGGGAGCUGGAUGGGAUCCACUAUGAGAUUCAGGCUACUGACCCUACAGAGAUGGACCUUGAAGUGCUCAGAGACCGCGCAAAUUGAGCAGUCUCUGCAAUUCAGAGGUUUCUACCUCAGAGGAGGUUAAUCUACUAUUGUUAUUCCAGCUUCUGAAUUAUGCCUCUCCUAUUAAGCUUCUUGCAGAAUCCUUUUCCAAACAAGAUAAACCACAUGUUCCUUAAAUAACUAGCAAUGGAAGAGGCAAGCUCGCAUGCUCGCUGCUGCUGAUCGGAUAAGAAAAAGUUUGUUGUUGUUUACUUGGAAGUUUAAAUAUGUUAUCCUAUCAAUUUGCAGUAAGUACUUGUCUUUCUUUUUAAUUUUCUUUUGCAUCCCCUGCUUUUUUCCCUAUCUGUGUUCUUUGUGCCGCAUAGAGGCAAGAAAAUUGGAUAGUUGAAUGGUGAAAAAUGAAAAUCAUGAAUCAAUUUCCCUUGCUUUGGAAUCCA